UUGGCUUUCACUUUUUCUCCUUUUCCUCUGCAGUUCUGAAGCCAGGGCCUUGCUUUUGCUAAGCGUGCCUCCCAGCCCCCCCCCCCAUACUCACCUGCAGCUCCAUCCCUUGGCUUGAGUUCAAGGGAGGAGGCGAUCCUUUCCCAAUCCCGUUGGAAAAUGUCUGGAGUCCGUGUUAUGUGCGGCUGGUAUUUUGCGUCCUUACAAGUUUUAAAGGAAUAACUCCACUGUUAGCUUUUGUACUUUUUCCCCCAUUUCUCUUUAGUAGUACAGGUUGAGCAUCCUUAAUCAUCAAGUCCAAAGUCUAAACCAAGUCUGAAACUUUUUGAAGUGUUGACCUGAUACCAUAAGCAAAAAUUCCAGAAUAUGGACCAUGAGACUGUUUUGUGCCCAAAAUUAUUUAAAGUAGUGUACAAAAUUGCCUUCAGGCUGCAAGAAUCAGGUGUGCAUGAAAUAUAAUAUAAAUGAAGAGCUGGGGGUUUAGCUCAGCGGCAUAAGUGCCUGUUUGGCAAACUCAAGGUCGUGAGUUCAAUCCCCCGGUACAAAAAAGAAAAAAGAAAUAUAAAUGAAUUUCAUAUUAAGAUUUGGGCUCCACUGCCAUUAUGAAUAUGCAAAUAUUCCAAAAUUUAAAGGAAAAACUCUGAAACAUUCUGGUCGAAGCAUUUUGAAUAAAGGGCAUACAGGCAGUGCACAGGACAGUCUCCCCUUAACUGUGAAGCACCUCCCACCCACCCCACUCCCUGCCCUGGAGUCCCAGGCUGCCUGGAUGAGUCCCAGAGCCCCAGGGGAAGCCUCUGUGGAACAGGAAAGGGUGGCAGCAUGAGCUGGGUACAGGCCACCUGCAGUAGUAGCUGCCACAGUUCUGGAGGUUCCUGAACAGGAAGCAAAAGGAGAUUCUUUGGAACCCAAAAUAUAUCAGGAUCCCAUUCAUGGAAGAGCUAAGGCAAUAGGGGGUGAGGGGGUAUAGUCUUUAAAGCAACAGAUGUUGCUGUUGGUGGGGUGGGGGGAAAAGACCUCAAUGGCCCUGAGGAUGCAGUUUUCCAGAAGGGAGGUCCUGAGCCCUGUACCAGUGAAGACUGAAGGAUGGCUGUUUUUUCUUGUUGUUGCUAUUGUUUUUGUUCCUCUCCUCCUCGUCCUCGUCCUCCUCCCCCUCCUCUCACAGGGUCUUACUGUACACUUCAGGCUGGCCUUGAACUCACCAUGAACCUCAAGCUGGCCUUAAACUCAAGGUAACCCUCCUGCCUCAGCAUCCCAAGUACUGGGAUUAUAGUUGUGGCUCUCACACCCGGCUUAAAGCUUGGCUCUUUAGUUGGUCCAGCUUAAGGCCUUCAUGGAAUAUUGAUCUCCUUUUGGUCCACAGAGAGUAAAUAUUUGAGUGGGAAGGGGAGGUGAAAGUAACUUACUUUCUAACCCUGACGGGCGCCCAGAAGCCAGACCUUCCUGAUGGGCACAAAUCUAGUAGCUAAUUAUUUCUUUAAUUUCCCCCUUACUCAAAAAGUCUUUUGGAACAAGAAUUUCCUUUGUUUUCUGCCUCUCCCCAAUGUCUAGGUCAGUACAUAAAGCCGAUCUUCAACAAUACAUGUUAGUUGACUGGUGAUUUAUUAGCUGAGGGCAGCUUUCCCAAACAUCAGUCUUCUUUCUUUAAAGGAGGAGCAUUUGCCAAGGGGCCCAGGUUGUUUUGAGAAAGUGGGGAGUUAUCAGUUCAGUAGUUACUGAGCAAGCCAAACGCAAGCCUAGACCCUGUGGAAGAUGCAGCAGUCCAGCUUGGCAGCUUCGGAUCCCAAGGUGUACAGGCUUGUUAGCAUGUAUGCGCUUGGUGACAAAUUUUGUUCUCAGGAUAGACACGUUUCUACCAUAGUGCCUUUCUUUUGCGCUUUCUUUUGUCUUUCUUUCUUUGAGAGAGGAUCUCACUCUGCAGUCCAGGCUGGCCUUUAAUUUGCAAUGCUUUUGCCUCAGCUUCCUGAGUUCUGGUACCAAGGUGUGCACCACCCUGCCAGGCUUGAUAUUUCACUUUCCAAGCUGCAGAGCUUCACAUCCCUUUUCUUUCCUACAUGAUCGGGUCAUCCAGUCAUUCUUAUGUGCUUUCUCAUCCAUAGUGUCUAUGCUAGUGUUUAAUACUAGCAUAGUGAGUCAAGUUAAGCCGACACUCGGGGCACCCAGUCACUGGAAGAUACUGAAUGAUCAAGAGGCCGAGUGAGUGAUACAGGUGGGUGUUUCUGUGGCCUGGGACUGGUUAGCACCAACAAGUCCUGCUCAAUGCCACCCAUCAGUUUCCAAGACCUCCCGCUCAACAUCUAUAUGGUCAUCUUCGGCACAGGCAUCUUUGUGUUCAUGCUCAGCCUCAUCUUCUGCUGCUAUUUCAUCAGCAAACUCCGGAACCAGGCUCAGGGUGAACGAUAUGGCUAUAAGGAGGUGGUGCUUAAAGGCGAUGCCAAGAAGUUACAGCUCUAUGGGCAGACCUGUGCUGUGUGUCUGGAGGACUUUAAAGGGAAGGACGAGCUCGGUGUGCUCCCGUGCCAGCACACCUUCCACCGCAAGUGUCUGGUGAAAUGGCUGGAGGUCCGCUGCGUCUGCCCCAUGUGCAACAAGCCCAUCUCAGGCCCCACCGAAGCCACACAGAGCAUCGGGAUCUUACUGGACGAGCUGGUGUGAGCUCCGCUGCUGUGCCAGGAUGUGGAGAAGACCUCCUGCCCUGUGGGUGCCUGGUCCCUCUCACAGCCACAUGAACAGGGAGAUUGGUGGGUGGUGAUGGUCACAUUGACCUGAAGGGGAGGGUGGCACAGGGCCAGUGUCCCACUCUGAGGGCGAGACCCGAGCCAGACCUGCCCCGUCUUUCUGCCUCCCGAAGCCAUCCCUGUCACGCAGUACCCAUGAUCUCACCCAGCCAGUAUUUCUGUGCCCUGGUGCAGGUCAUCUCCCUGCCUUGUCCCUGCUGGGGGCCUUGACCCUACCUGGCCAUGGACACUGAGCCACCUCACCUCGCCCCAACGUUCCCACUAAAAGGACAGCCUGUCCCGAGUUACCUACAACCUCCGCUUCCCUCCCUGCCUCCAUGGGAAGGCUGGAAGGGAUGGAAGGGAAGACUGAGGAGCCGGCGCCGCCACUGGGCAUGGAGAGCAGGGACCUCUACAAGGAAACAGUCGAUGUUUACAUGGGACCUAGUGAAACCGAUGGCCGAAGGCGGGCUGACUGCAGGUGACGCAGAGCUGAUCCCUGCCCCUGCUGCCUGAGGUGCUACUUCCCAUCCUCGGCCUCUUCCUUGGUUAAUCUCAGAGCUUCCUGCUCUGUGAUGGGGUUUGGGAGCCCCUCCAGGGGAAGGCCUGUCAUACACUUAGUUGUUUCCCAGGGGCUUUUUCUAAAGGAGUGAGAGGGGCCGGGGACAAGGGUAUUGGAGCUCAUAGUGUAGACAGAUACCUGCUUCCCCUGUGUAAAUAGUAUUUUGUACUUCAUCCUGACCAUCUCAGGCUUUACGCGUGAGAUCCCCAGAAUGGAGGGGGUGGAAGUCUUCCCUUCCUCCCGAGAAGGGGAGAGAAGAUGGGAGAAGAUGUAUUUAAGGAAAAUUAAAUUUAAUAACAGUUUUGUCUAACCAA